UCGGCCCCUCCCUCCGUCCCCCAUCUCCUGCUCGCUCCCUCGCUCGCGCUGUGUCUCAGCCGCUGGGCUCUGCCUGACUCGCCGCCUCGCCAGGCUCCCUGGACCAGCAGCCAUGGCCGACAUGAAAACGGGCAUCUUCGCCAAAAACGUCCAGAAACGGCUGAACAGGGCGCAGGAGAAGGUACUUCAAAAGCUAGGGAAAGCUGAUGAAACAAAAGAUGAACAAUUUGAAGAAUAUAUUCAAAACUUCAAACGACAAGAGGCGGAAGGUUCCAGGCUCCAGAGAGAGCUAAGAGGAUAUUUAGCUGCCAUCAAAGGCAUGCAAGAAGCCUCAAAGAAGCUUACAGAGUCUCUUCAUGAAGUGUACGAGCCCGAAUGGUAUGGCCGGGAAGAUGUGAAAAUGGUUGGAGAGAAAUGUGAUGUGCUCUGGGAAGACUUUCAUCAAAAGCUGGUGGAUGGAUCACUGCUGACCCUGGAUACAUACCUGGGACAGUUUCCUGAUAUCAAAACUCGCAUUGCAAAGCGAAGCAGAAAGCUGGUGGACUAUGACAGUGCAAGACAUCACUUGGAAGCCUUGCAAAGCUCAAAAAGAAGAGAUGAAAGCAGAAUUACAAAGGCAGAAGAAGAGUUUCAAAAAGCACAGAAAGUGUUUGAAGACUUUAAUAUUGAUUUACAAGAAGAGCUGCCAUCUCUAUGGUCAAGACGAGUUGGCUUCUAUGUGAACACUUUCAAAAAUAUAUCCAGCCUUGAAUCCAAGUUUCACAAGGAAAUAGCUUUGCUAUGCCACAAACUGUAUGAGGUGAUGACCAAGUUGGGAGAUCAGCAUGCUGACAAGGCCUUCACCAUCCAAGGAGCACCCAGUGACUCAGGUCCUCUCCGCAUUGCGAAAACACCAUCACCCCCUGAGGAGGCCUCUCCUCUGCCUAGCCCUUCAUCUAGUCCCAAUCAUACACUGGCACCUGUUUCAUCUCCUGCACCAGCUCGGCCUAAAUCACCUUCACAGUUGAGGAAAGGGCCUCCUGUCCCACCGAUGCCUAAACUCACACCCACAAAGGAGCUGCAGCAGGAGAAUAUCAUCAGCUUCUUUGAAGACAACUUCGUACCAGAAAUCAGUGUGACGACUCCUUCACAGAAUGAAGCUCCUGAAGUGAAGAAAGAGGAAUGUUUGCUAGAUCUGGACUUUGACCCUUUCAAGCCAGAAGUGGUAUCAACAGGAAUAACCCUAACCCACUCUCCCAUGUCUCAGACAUUGCCCUGGGAUUUAUGGACGACAAGCAGUGAACUGGUGCAGCCGGCAUCCAGCAGCACAUUUAAUGGAUUCACACAGGAUACUUCUCUAUUCACAGUGCAAUCAAAUCAGAAUGUGGUAGAUAACUUGAUUGAGGCGGAAGAAGCUCCAUCUUUGGAACCCCAGGCUGAAGAACCCCUCUCUCUUCCGGCCGCGGCUCCUGCUCCUGUUGCGGCCGCGGCUCCUGAACAGGAAGCUCUGCCUGCUGAGCCUAGCGAGCCAGCAGAGGAAGCUGUGGAGACUGUCACAACAGGUGAAAAGGAGACAGCUGGGAUUGCUGAGGAGGAGAGUGAGAUGGUAGCUAUAACUGAAGAUGCUGGUGCAGUAGAAAAUGCUGUUGUAACUGAAGCCAGUGAAGCUACUGCUGCAUCUGAAACGUCUGAUGAAGGUGACAAACUUAAAACAGGAGAGAAGGAAGCAGAGGCGGCUCAGGAGAAAGUCAGCAGCAUCCCUUCACUAGUAAUAGAGCCAGCAUCAAACAACGAAGGGGAGGGAGAGGAACACGAAGUCCUAGUGAAUGAAUCCAAAGCUGCUGUGGAAGACGUUGGCGCUCAGGGCAUUGAAAGUGAUGCUAGUGAAACUUCCCAGGUUGUAAGUGAGCAGAAAACCAUUGAGGAAACCCAAACUACAUCCUCUGAAGAACAGCCUGUGUCAGCAGAUGAUGCAGCCCAUGGAAUGCCACCUGGCUUUCUCUUUAAGGUUGAAGCUCUACAUGAUUUUGAGGCAGCUAAUACUGAUGAGCUUAACUUAAAACGAGGAGAUACUGUACUAGUAAUCCCUUCUGAUGCCACAGAUGACCAGGAGGCUGGAUGGCUGACAGGCAUUAAAGAAUCUGAUUGGCUGCAGUACAGAGAUGCAGUAACCUAUAAGGGACUUUUCCCAGAGAACUUCACAAAGCCCUUGGAGUAGUUCUCAGCUCAGGCAUAACAGUGUUAUAAGAAGCUCAGUUGGUAGGUUUUUAAAUCUCUUUGAAACACAGGAACCCACUUUUGUAGUUAAACUGCUAAUGGUUUACAGACUGGUGCCAGACAAAGCUUGGUGAGACAUAUCAAAUGAGCAUGAAUGCAAACAGUUAAGCUAGCCUCGUCUGAAGCAGUAUAUGAAAAAAUGUAUUAAGAGAAAUGUCCUUCUUUGUUCACACGUAUGUGGCAACAGGUUUGUUUGUGCUUUGUCGGAGCUAUGGUGAUCCUGUAUUUGAUCCUUUCCCAUGAAAUCUAAAAUUAGCCUCCUCACUACGAGAACCUUAACUUCUCUGCACUAAGUGUAUUGUAUUGAGUUGCUGCACUACAGAAGAUUUUAUUAGUAAUCCUUUAGUAAUGAGGUCAAAUUAUUAAAUUAUGUGUUUAAAAAAAUGAACUGCUGCAAAGGUUUUCAAUGUUAUUUUUGAACAUAUAUACACAUAUAUGCUUGUGUGUAUAUAAGUGCAUACAGAUACAUAUGCAUUAACACGUUACCCUCCAUUGUAGUUCUUUAACUCUGUAGUAUCAUUGAUAGAUGCAUUGCUCUUACCAGGUCUGGCAUUACAGUCAAUAGCUUUGUUCCAAAACAAAGCUAGCUGCUCCAUUGCCAAAACAUUAUACAGUAUCUGUGUUUGUAAUGUGAAAUUUUCAUUCUGAGAUGAACAAUUAUUACUAUCACGUUCAAAGCUGCUAAAACAUUGGAAGGCAUGGCUCAGUCUCCUCUAUUUCUAGCUGCAAUAGUUUGAGAUUGUGUGGAUGGAGUGGUUAUAAUGCUAAUCUAUACUUUAAUUGGCUGAAUUAUGAAAACAAAAAAUAUCUAAGGAGGACAAAAACUAACAAUAUAUUUUCACUAUGUGUAUUUAUGCAGCACACCUUCACAGAUCCUUUUAAAAUAAGGUAUAUAAUGUAUCCUGUAUCAAGAAGUCAUCUGUAAACUAUUAUGUUUUUCAGUGUUGUGUCAUUCAAAAUAAACCUUUGAUCCA